UAAAGUGUUUUUCACAGUGCUGGUUCGUUUUGGCUACUCUUCAUUGGCCCACACCACUCUAUGUAAUCUUUGCUCAUUGAAUUUGCAUUCUGCUUUGCCUGUGUCCUGUGAUAUUGGGUCUGGAUCGUGAAGGGCAACAAGAAAAUGUUUUCCAGAUUAGCUUUCAAUUGCGCCAAACAGGUGCGGCCAGCCCUGAUAGGUGCAGUGCGAUGCAGCGGCACCGAAGCGGCAACGUCGCAAUCGCAACAGCUGAUGAGCAAGGUUGCCGUGAUGGCACCGGCAGCCAGCCGACAGCUCUCGGCCACCGCCACCGGUGACCGCCCGCCAUGGGAGGGACCCGAGCGUGACCUCGUCAACUUCCCCCGCCCCGUCAUGCCCGAGGAGCCCGGCAAGGUCCGCUACCUCUUCGUGCCUGAAGAGUGGUUCGAGUUCUUUUACAAGAAGACUGGUGUUACUGGUCCUUACGUAUUGGCUUUCGGUAUUUUCAACUAUGUAAUGAGCAAAGAAGUGUGGAUAAUUGAACACGAGUACUACUAUGUUUAUGCGCUGGCUGCCAUCUUCUAUUUUGGCGACAAGAAAUUUGGAAAGCAAAUUGGCGAUUAUUUGGACAAAGAGAUUGAAGCCGAUACACAUUUCUUCGAAAAGGAUAGGCUAGACAAGAUAGCCAACUUCAACAAGAGCAUUGAGGAGGAGAAGACACUGCAGUGGCAGAAAGAGGCCGACAAGCUGAUCAUCGAAGCCAAACGCGAGAACGUCGCUCUGCAGCAGGAGGCCAUUUUCAGAGAACGUGCCAUGUUCGCCUACCAAGAAAUCAAGAGGCGGUUGGAUUACCAGUCGCAGAAGCAGCUGAUGGAGCGACGCAUUGCGCAGAAGCACAUGGUCGAAUGGAUCGUGGCCAACGUGCUGAAGGCCAUCACCCCGCAACAGGAGGCCGACACACUCAAGAAGUGCAUCGUCGAUCUGCAGGCCAUGUCAGCCAAGGCCUAAACCCUCCCCCCAUCCACUUUUAGUAAAUUAUAUUCAUCAACAACAAUAAGUCAUCGGUAGAAAUGUGUGGUGAACUCAAUCAUGCAACCUGUCAACAGUAGAAGAGAUGCAUGAUGUGUGGUGAACUUACCGCCAUGAAUAAAUGUCAUAAAUUCCAAUUAUUGUUGAAAGCUAAUGUCCUUGCGAACUGCUAAUAAAUUGUUAUAGUUUAUAUCUAUUAAAGAUACACAUUUAUUGAAAUC